GGCCCGGCUUGGGCCUCCUGGUGGAGAACGGCCCGCGCUUCGUGGCUGCCUGUGCCACGCUGCCCAGCUACGCCAGUGGCCGCUGCAUUUCCGAGCAGCGUCAGCAGAUGCAGGACAACUCGUUCUUCAACAGCGGCAUUGGAUCUGUUGAUUGGGUCCUGAAGCGGUGGUACCCCAACGCUUUGCGCAUCCGGAGCCCUUGGUUGCACAAACGUCACCCGGGCAUCCAGCGAGAGGCGUGGCUCUACAUCCCCGGGGAGGACCGGAAGAACGGCCAAAAAGCGGGCACAGGCAAGCUGAACUUGCCGCUGCGCAUCCAGAAAACCAUCGAGCUGCUGCAGAAGCAGGACGCAGACCUGCAGACCAUCAUCUUCGCCAACACCCCAGAAGCUUGCCUGGCCUUUGAGCGUGCUGCGAAGGAAGCUGACAUCCAGGUCGCCAAUGUCCAUGCAGGCGUCAGCUUCUCGGAGCGCAUCGAGGGCCUGAAGAAGUUCGGCCUGGGCGAGGUGCCAGCGAUGAUUUGCACUGACCUGGGCGCGCGCGGUCUGGACCUGCCCAUUUGCCAUCACGUCAUUCAGCUGGAGUUCGCCGGCAACACCAUCAGCUACCUGCACCGUGUCGGCCGUGCAACGAGAGCCGCGAACAAGUCUCAGGUGACCAACUUCUGGGGAGCUCCAGACAUUCCUGUCAAGGACUUGAUUAUGAAGGCUCCUGACAUGGGGCUCAGCGGGGACGUGGUCAGCCGCCGGGGCAAUCGAUGUCGUUUUAGUCGAAUCCGCAAGAGGCAACGCCGGAACGAGUUCGUCUUCAAGCGCACCCGUGAGGCUGCACGAGAGGCAAGAAGACGCACACAGAACAAGCAGAGUGACUGGGUUGCAAGCCAAGACGUCGUGCGCAGCGUUGGGAGCUGAAUGACUCCAAAAGGAAAGGAUUCAUGGCGGCGAGA